AUGGAUUGGUUGAGGCAGGCUCCUGGAAAGGGCCUGGAAUGGGUGGGAUAUAUAAGUACAGAUUCAUCUGGCAAACGCUACUCAGAUAAAGUCAAGGGACGGUUCACCAUCUCCAGGGACAAUUCCAACAGCCUCCUCUAUCUGCAAAUGAACAACCUGAAACCAGAGGACACGGCUGUGUAUUACUGUGCAAGAGACACAACAUUAUUCAUCAACAUUAUGCAGCUCUUGUUGCUCUUGUUUUCUUUGGUGGUGUUUUCUAAAGGGGUCUCCUCAGACAUUCAGCUUGUAUCAUCUGGACCAGGAAUACUGAGACCAGGAGAGAAUCUCAACCUGCUUUGUAAAGUCAAAGGUUUCUCCAUCUCUACCCGAUACUAUGCAUGGCAUUGGAUCCGUCAAGCUCCUGGGAAAGGUCUGGAAUGGAUUGCAGAGAUAUACCCCUAUAAUGGAAACACAGCAUAUGCCCCUUCUCUGAAGAGCCGAGGAAGCGUUUCUUCAGAUGCCUCAAAGAAUGAGUUCUCCCUCCAGCUGAACUCCCUGACAGCUGCAGAUUCCGCUGUGUAUUUCUGUGCCCGAGAACACAGUGAGACAAAGCCUAUUGGGCCCUGUUCAAAAAGUGGAAGUCCUGCUUCUAUAAACAAAUACACUAUGAAAGUUUUGACAGAGCAAUUCUACAUUCCACAGAUGAUGCGGAACAACAUCCAAACUGCCUGUCUUUUCAAUCUGUAA